AUGUAUUCAUUUAUGGAUCCAGAUAUUUGGAAUAAAGCUCCUGAUAACACUAAUGUAGCAGAAUCAUGUCGUGCAAAUUCAAACCGUGAUGGAAAAUCAUUAUUUUUGCAAUCAGCUAUUUUAAA